AUACCUUCAAUUUCCAUCGCCAAACCCCCACCCCGACUCACCUCUCUUCGCCAGCAACGACUCUCCUGCAACCUUCGUCCUCAUCUCAUCUUCCGUCCAAACCGACCCUUUCAGCCAUCGAACACGAAGCUCGCACACCCGCGACACCGUCCAUCACACCAGAUACUAUCGCCACCCUCGACUACUACUGCUUCAUCGUAUCUAAGAGUCACAAGCUUAACGACCAAGUGGCAACUUCGAUAAACCCCUCUCUCUCAACUUUAGGGCUUCGUAACCUCGCAACAUCCCCCGCGCAUCCUCUGGUCGUCCUCGAACCGUAUCGAUUCAAUACCCACGAUUCCGCUCUUCUCGCGCUCGGAAUCGCACCUUUAAACAAGCCGUGAUCCUAGAGACUCACAGCGAGGUGCUAUCCAAGUGCUGGAAGGGUUCCUUGCUCACCAUCUGCCCAUGAGUCACCUACUGUGGAAAUUUUACUGGGAAAACGAUGUCGACAGGUUUCGGCGUCUACUGGUCCCGGCCGGCCACACGGCGCAAACCGUCACAAGGAGCCCGGGCAUAGGUGCUGGACCCCUUGGGGGCAGUCCCGGACAAUACGGAACCUCUCCCCGGAACGUUAAACAACGCAAAUCCUCCGCCGUCGGUUUCGGUACAACUGGAUCAAAGAAUGCCAAUAACGCUCUCGGAAGGGCCGAGAUUAACAGUCGCGACCACGCUGGUCUCACGGUACUACUCCGCGCUGCUUCCUCGACAGACUCGGCCGCUAUCCUUUUCGUCCAGGCCCUGCUCGACCACCCCUCGAUCGAUCUAUAUGUGCAAGACCCCGAAAGUGGCUGGAACGCUCUUCACCGAGCGCUCUACUGUGGAAAUAUCGCCAUUGCACGUCUGCUGCUUGAACGAGAGCGCAAGAUCCUCACGGAACAGACCCUCGGAAUCUCGGUUGCCAAGGUUGGGCAGUUGAUCAAGACAAAAGACCGCGAGGGCAACAGCCCUUUCGAUCUCUAUAACUCAACCAUUGCUGUGCGAACCCUAGGAGACUCUGGGAACCCCGACGACUCCGAUGUGGACUCGGAUACAGACAGCAGCUCGGAUGGAGGCCAGGCGUUGAUGCGAUCGGUUGCUGCGCUUGACGGCGGUGCGGAAGGCGAGGAAAUCUUCGUUUUCGGAAGCAACCGCAACAUCUCACUUGGUGUGGGCGACGAAGACGAUCGGCAGUAUCCCGAGAGGAUCAACCUGAAGCGGCCGGAUCAACUAGUUCGCAGAUUCUUCCAAGAGUAUCUGGAGAAGACCAAAUCUGGACCCCAAGGCGCCAAUCUUCCGGAUGAAGAUAUGGACUUGGAGGAGAUUCCGGCUCUCAUUCGUAACCGACCUCUCCGGAUUCACGAUGCUGUCCUGUCAAAGUUGCAUACGGCCAUCUUGACAACUGACCCUGUUUCAAACUUGUACAUUUGCGGUGUUGGUCGAGGCGGGCGACUUGGGCUGGGCGACGAAAAUACCCAAUACCGCUUCGUGCCGGUGCAAGGUGGACUCGCUGACAAGAAGGUGGUGCAAGUUGCACUCGGCCAGAACCAUACCCUAGCAGUCACCGACGCUGGUGAGCUAUGGACCUGGGGCUCCAACAGCAAUUCCCAGCUGGGAUACAGCUUAUCACCGCCUGCCAGACAAGACGAGGAACCGAUGAGCACCACCCCACGACAAGUGUUUGGGACACUCAAGAAAGAGGUUAUCCUGGGCAUAGCAGCAUCAGCCGUGCAUUCAGUCGCUCACACCUCUUCGUCACUGUUCUGCUGGGGCAAGAACCUCGGCCAGCUGGCACUCAUGGAUGCGGAUUCGAGAUCCUUGGAAGUCCAACAAACUCCCCGAAAAGUCGCGGCUUCGCUCUUCUCUUCGCCCAUCGCCGCAGUCUCCGCUAUUGACAAAGCGACCACCGUCUUGCUGGCCGACAGCACCGUCUGUGUCUUCACGAGCUACGGAUACAAUUUUGUCAAGUUUCCUUCCCCUGACGUCUUCGUAAAUCAUCAAUUCACCACGUCCAUGUCGACAAGGUACAGUGCAGCACGGAACCAGGUCAGCCGUAUCACAUCUGGUGGAGAGACGAUUGCGGCUGUCACUACAAGAGGCGACCUUUUCACUAUGGCACUGAUUCAAAAACCGGAUGCGACUACGGCGGCCACCUCCACCACAAAUCCAGCCAAGAUCAAGGGUGCCGUCACGACCCCGCAAUGCGUAUGGAAUGCUCGGAAGGAUGGCGUCAAAUCUGCCAGUGUUGGUGAACACGGCGCUGUGAUCAUCUGCACAGAGUCUGGGGCUGUUUGGCGUCGUAUCAAGCGCGCCAAAGCAAAGGAUGCUGCCACCCCGGGAUCAGCAGACAUCAAGAGGAAGGACUUCAAGUUCCAGCGUGUACCGAGUGUCACCAAUGCCGUUGCUGUCCGAAGCUCCACGUUUGGUGCAUUCGCGGCAAUCCGCAAGGACUGUGAUGUUAUGAAGGAACAGAUCAGCAUCAACGAGCAGUCGCUUUGGGAGGACUUUGCCUCCCUCUUCGCACUACGAGACUUCCAGGCAUCGACACCUGGUGCGGGCGAUAAAGACACGAUUGGUUUCUGGAAGGCCGAAGAUCUGAAGUAUCGGAUAGGAGAGCUACCGUACGAGUUUCUCAAGUCCGUGGAUCUGGAACGCGACUUACAACAAUUUCUCCUGAUGUAUCCGAAUUCGGAUGUUGACAUGGAGCUCAGCACCUCCACAUGUCCUGAUGUCAAGAUUCCGGUGCACUCAUGGAUUUUGACGGCUCGAAGUUCUGUUCUGCGAAGUCUACUUAGCGACUACCGCAACGGUGGCCUAGGAGAGAUCCCACAAGUGUUGAGCCUAGAAGAGGAAGACGGAAGGACGAUCAUCACCCUCGAUUCGGUCGACUUGCUUUCUUUGGUAAAUUUGGCCGUCUACCUCUAUGAUGACACCGUUGUUCCGGCAUGGAAUCAUACCCGUCAAGCACCCGCUUUAGCCCACAGGUACCGCCAGGUUCGGCUCGAGCUCAUGAAGCUUGCGACGAAGCUUGACAUGGUGAAGUUAGAAUCGGCUGUACGUCUGCAGACGACUGUGGAAAAGUCACUGGACAAGGACUUUUCCAAAGCCAUCCAGGACGUCAGGUACUUUGAAGACGCGGAUGCUCUUGUUGAGCUCGACGGCGAAGAGGUACCAGUUCACAGCCAGCUGCUGCGCCAGCGAUGCGAGUUCUUCGAAGGUCUGUUCCAUGGGCGAGCCGGUGGUAUGUGGCUCGCUGGACGUCGCGAUGAACUAGAUGAGGAAGAGCUUAUUCGGGUGGACUUGAGUCACUGUGAUCCUGAGGCAUUCCAAUAUGUCCUGCGAUACCUCUACGCAGACGUCGGAACGGAACUUUUCAACCAGACCACAUCAGCCAAUAUUGACGACUUCUCUGAUCUAGUAAUGGGCGUCAUGAGUAUUGCAAAUGAGCUUAUGCUGGACCGGCUGUCCCAGAUCUGCCAAUUCAUCAUUGCACGUUUCGCCAAUACUCGAAACAUUGCUCUGCUACUGAAUGAGAUCAGCGCAUGCGCCGUCACAGAGUUCAAAGACGCUGGGCUAGAGUACGUCUGUCUGCAAAUGGAGGCUGUGCUGGAAAACCACUUCUUGGAUGAUUUGGAGGAAGAUCUUCUGGAAGAGCUGGAUAAUAUUGUCCGAGAAAACCAGCUAGCUCGCUAUCCUUUCGCUAGAAGUGGACGGGCCGAGCUGCUCUUAUUUGAGAAAGACCCCGAUCUAGCUCUCGAUAUCGACGAGGAACGCCGUCGAAGAGUCCGGGAGAUGGCUUUCCGUACCACGCAACGAGACGACGAGAAGAAGAUUUCAUCAUCCUUCAAGACUAAAUUCGGUAGUCUUGAAGACUUGUCCGGCGUAACGUCUCCCAGCGUCGACAAAUCUCGGCGGAAAUCCAAGACUGGUCGCAACGAGCCUUUCAGUCCCAGCCUCAGACCCAAGGAAUCCCAUGCCGAUCUGAUGUUCAACAUGGACGACGAGGGACCUUCCGCUCUAGGUAGCCCUACAAUGUCACCCACGCAUAGGGCUGCCGAGGCCAGGAGCCAAUCUGAAAUGGACCGGAUACCCUCGCUAUCUAGUCCCUGGAAAGACACCAAGGUUCAGGCAGGCUCACCGCAAUACCCAGUACAGAGCCCCCCAACGGGUACAUCCGCUCAAUUCGGCAUGAGUCCCUCACCUACAGACUCCCGCGGACCCAGUGCCCAGAGAUCAGGCAGCCCAUGGGCAGCAGCGGCAUUCCCAACCCAGAAGAUGGACCUGCGCCGAGUUUUGACAGAGACGCCAACAAAGUCUGCCUUGUCCGCCGGCAUCGCUGCGCAAAAGACCAAAGAAGCGUCGCCCAAGCCAGCGCAGCCCAAGGUAUCCCAGAAGGAACGGAAGAAGCAACAAAUGGCCCAAGCCGCUGCUCAGGCGGCUCUCGAAGCCGAGGUCCUACAACCUAAGGCGGCCUGGGACAAGGAGGCAGCUGGCAAUAAACCUGCUCCCUGGAAGCCUGUCGCGAGUGGACCCAAGACGUCGUUGAAAGAUACCCUAGCCAAGGACUCGGCCAAACCUGUGUCACCACUGGCAGAUAACCCGAACUCGAAGGAAUUACUCUCAGUCGAGGGCUCCGCAAGAUCUUCGCCGCGGAGGGCAGCGUCACCAGACACGCGCUUCCCAGGCCAAUCUCGCGUUAACAACUCCUCCUCUGCGAUGGCAGGCGCCUCCUCGACAAGUCAACCCACGUCAAAGCCGCUGGUCCCGCACUCCAAGUCCUACAUCACGCCCGCGAACAAGGCCGAGCCCAUUUUGGGAUUGAGCAUGGCAGACAUCAUUGGCCAGCAGAAGCGGGAGCAGGAGAUCGUCAAGGAGGCUGUGGCGAAGAGGUCGAUGCAGGAGAUCCAGCAGGAGCAAGAGUUCCAGGAGUGGUGGGACCAGGAGACGCGGCGAGUGCAGGAGGAAGAGGCGAGGCGCGAGACAAAGGAUAAGGCGGCGAGGGAAGGCAGGGCGCAGAAGGACGGCGGUGGUGGCGGCGGCGGCAGCAGCGGCAGCAGCAAACGGGGACGACGGGGCCGGGGUGUCGCGAAGGGGAAAGCAGCCGGUGGCGCUUCUCUGGGCCAAGAACACGGCACUGCGGCCGCUGCGGGCAAUGUUGAUGCCGGAGGAGUACAUCCGUCGGCCAAGGCGCCCGGCGGACCGGCGAAUAACUCCCGAGGACGGGGUCAUCGGGGACGGGGGAGAGGUGGAAAAGCAUCGACAUCCGCAGCGGCAUCUGCAAUGUGAUUCUUUGGGUUUCUUGUUUGAUAAGUGAUUUCUAGGGCGUUUCAAAGGAGUUACGAAGCCCGAACAAACCUCGAGGCAAAGCACGCGGUCAGGCAUGGUUCUACGUUUUGGGAAGCACGGGAAUUGGCCCUUUUCUUUUGAUUUACACGGCAUUGGAGGACACAACAUCACAUACACACCUUGUGGCUCCAAAUUGCUUUUCUGCUUGGUCCCAUAGACGAAUUGAGAAGACAGAUUCAGAGAGAGAGAGAGAGAGAGAGAGAGAGAGAGAGAGAGAGAGAGAGAGAG